UUGGUGAUGAAGUGGGACAUGCGACUAUUGAUAGUUCUUCUGUUCAUGAAAUUCACAAAUCCGCUGCCAGAUACAAUACCAAUAGGUGGCCUUUUCCAUCCGGCAGACGAUAAACAGGAGAUUGCAUUCCGAUAUGCAGUCGAGAAAAUCAACAGCGACCGCUCGAUCUUGCCUAGGUCGAAGCUCAGCGCCCAGAUUGAGAAGAUCCCACCGCAGGAUAGCUUCCAUGCGUCCAAGAAAGUCUGCCACUUGCUCCGCACCGGAGUGGCGGCCAUCUUCGGGCCCCAGUCGCCCCACACGGCCAGCCACGUGCAGUCGAUCUGCGACACAAUGGAGAUUCCGCACCUGGAGACUCGCUGGGACUACCGACUCCGCAGGGAGAGCUGUCUAGUCAACCUUUAUCCCCAUCCCACCACGCUCUCUAAGGCAUAUGUGGACUUAGUGAAGGCCUGGGGUUGGAAGUCAUUUACCAUCAUCUACGAGAAUAACGAGGGUCUCGUCCGGUUACAGGAAUUACUGAAAGCUCAUGGACCUUAUGAGUUUCCCAUCACAGUGCGUCAACUAGGAGAAAGCUCGGACUACAGGCCCCUGCUGAAGCAGAUCAAGAACUCCGCAGAGUCCCACAUCGUCCUGGACUGUUCCACCCAGAGGAUUUACGAUGUUUUGAAGCAGGCGCAACAGAUCGGCAUGAUGAGCGACUAUCAUAGCUACCUCAUCACGUCCUUAGAUUUGCACGGCGUCGACUUGGAGGAAUUCAAAUAUGGCGGCACCAACAUAACGGCGUUCAGGCUGGUUGAUCCUGAUGGGCCUGAAGUUAGGAAAGUGGUGAGGGACUGGAAUAUUGGAUUGGACUCGAAGAAUAAAAAGGACCUUUCGCCUAUAUAUCGGGAUAAUAAUACUUUCGUGAAGGCGGAGACCGCCCUUAUGUACGACGCCGUGCACUUGUUUGCCAAGGCCCUGCACGAUCUGGACACUAGCCAACAAAUCGACAUAAAGCCACUCAGCUGUGAUGCAGUGGACUUUUGGCCUCAUGGGUAUAGUCUCAUCAACUAUAUGAAGGUGGUGGAAAUGAGGGGCUUAACGGGAGUAAUCAAAUUUGAUCAUCAGGGAUUCAGAAGCGAUUUCGUGCUAGACAUCAUCGAAUUGAGCAGAGAAGGGCUUAAGAAGAUUGGCAGCUGGAAUUCUACCGAGGGCGUCAACUUCACCAGAACGUAUGGAGAGGUUUAUACUCAAAUUGUGGAGAUAAUCCAGAAUAAGACUUUUGUUGUUACUACAAUACUGAGCUCGCCGUACGUAAUGCGCAAGGAAGCGAGCGAAAAACUGGUCGGCAACGCCCAAUUCGAGGGCUACGCCGUGGACCUCAUCCACGAGAUCUCCAGGGUCCUGGGCUUCAACUACACCAUCCGCCUGGCACCUGACGGCCGCUACGGCUCCCUAAACCGCGAGACCAAAGAAUGGGACGGCAUGAUGAAGGAGCUAUUGGACCAGAAAGCCGACCUGGCCAUCGCCGAUCUCACCAUCACCUACGACAGGGAGCAGGCCGUGGAUUUCACGAUGCCCUUCAUGAAUCUGGGCAUUAGUAUUCUUUACAGAAAACCCAUCAAACAGCCGCCUAAUCUGUUUUCGUUUCUGUCGCCGCUGUCGCUCGACGUGUGGAUCUAUAUGGCAACUGCGUACCUCGGGGUGUCGGUGUUGCUGUUUAUAUUGGCUAGGUUCACCCCGUACGAAUGGCAGAACCCCCACCCGUGCAACCCCAACCCCGACCACCUAGAGAACCAGUUCACCCUGUUCAACUGCAUGUGGUUCGCCAUCGGCUCCUUGAUGCAACAAGGAUGCGACUUCCUACCCAAAGCUGUUUCUACCAGGAUGGUGGCGGGGAUGUGGUGGUUUUUCACGCUGAUAAUGAUAUCUUCUUAUACCGCCAACUUGGCGGCUUUCCUCACGGUGGAAAGGAUGGAUUCGCCCAUUGAGAGUGCGGAGGAUUUGGCGAAACAAACGAAAAUUAAAUACGGAGCUUACCGGGGGGGAUCGACGGCAGCAUUCUUUAGGGAUUCGAAUUUUUCCACAUACCAAAGAAUGUGGGCAUUCAUGGAGUCGCAAAGGCCGUCCGUCUUUACUUCUAGCAAUCAGGAGGGGGUGGAACAAGUCGUCAAGGGCAAGGGCAGCUACGCGUUCCUCAUGGAAUCCACAUCCAUCGAGUACGUAAUCGAGAGGAAUUGCGAGCUGACGCAAAUCGGUGGUUUGUUGGAUUCCAAGGGAUACGGCAUUGCCAUGCCGCCUAAUUCCCCUUUCCGAACUGCCAUUAGCGGGGCUAUUCUGAAACUCCAGGAAGAGGGCAAGCUGCACAUACUAAAGACCAGGUGGUGGAAGGAGAAGCGUGGUGGAGGAAAAUGCAGGGACGAGACUACUAAGACGAGCAGCACCGCCAACGAACUGGGCCUGGCCAACGUCGGCGGCGUCUUCGUGGUGCUGAUGGGCGGCAUGGGCGUAGCUUGUGUGAUCGCAGUGUGCGAAUUUGUUUGGAAAUCACGGAAGGUAGCCGUGGAAGAACGGUCGUCUCUGUGCGCUGAAAUGGCGACCGAAUUCAGGCACGCUCUGUGUUGCCAGGGCCCCACGAAGCCAAUAAAAAAAAAGAACCGCUCCCCGAGUUCGGUGGGUGGCGAAGACGGGAGAUUUCAUCCCCCUGGGUCGUACACGUCCUACGGUUUUGUGAGCAAAGAACCCCUCAGUUAA